AUGCGACUGUGUCGUCAGCCUUUGGGAGGCUGUGUUUUGUCCGGACACCGAAGGGUAGCGCUGGUACUGCCGCUGAACUGGCUCGACGGACUCGACACUCGGACUGGCCGAGUAACCGGGUCCUCGCCGAACUCAUGCUUUACGAGUGAGCAAACAAGCAACCUGACCAACAGCCAUUCCUUCCAAAGUGACCCAUUUUCCGGCCGUUAUCUGCCCCUCAACGUCAGUCCAGCAUGGCAAUAUGCAAGAAGAAAUCGGCCGGUGGCGCAUGCAAGGACUUUUUCAGAUGGAUUUUCUUAUGGGCUUGAUUUACCCCUCCCGCAGCAACAGUGA